AAGCACUGAAAUAGAAUCAUGCCAAGCUACCAUGCCACCGUCGCGACCACAUUGAUCACUUCAAUACCCUCUUAAUCGCAUCUCCAUCCCGUCUCGCUCCCUCUCGUGGCUACAACCUCGCCCAACCCCGCACGUGCGCACCCUCCAAACCCGAACACAUCCGUCAUCACCACACCCACCGCCCAAAAUGCCCCUCGGCGACCUCCUCAAGAGGAAAGACAAAGAAAAGCGUCCCGACCCCCCCGUCUCCUCCCCCUCAAACCCCGAAUUCGCAUUCCACCGCCCCACCUCUCCGCCCCCAGACUACACCGACACCAACAUCAACAUCAACACCAACACCUCUCCGCCCCUCUCCCCCGAACCCCGCCGCAACCGCCUCUCCCUAUCUCCCUUCUCGCGCCCCCGCGCCAACUCCGCAACAUCCUCCAACUCCGCCUCCUCCGCCACCGACCCCGAAAACCGCACCCGCCGCCGCCUCUCCGCCCGCCUCCACCUCCGCCGCGAAGUCAGCAGCUCAAACAUCCCCACCGACCUCCCCGCGAUAGACGUAGCCCCCGAUGCCGAAGGGGGGGGCGACCAAACAGAGCGCGAGCGCCAGUGGGAGAAGCGCGCCACGCUGCUUGCGAGGAGCAACGGCGCUAUCAUUCGCAGCGCGAGCGGGAGUCCUGAGAGGGGCGUUGGAAGCCUGCUAGCGACCGCGGGGGUGGGGAUGGGACAGACGCUGGGGCAGGAGCUGAGGAGAGAGAACGUGGGCGUGGUGGGGGAUAAGAAGGCGGAUGAUAAUAUACAGGAGGCUAUCCGGCUUCAUGAGGAGGGGAGCUUGGAGGAGGCGACGCGGAUGUUUGGCCGGUUGGCGGAUCCGGGGGGGGAUAAUAAUGCGUUGAGUCAGGUGCUUUAUGGGCUUGCUCUAAGACACGGAUGGGGCUGCACAGCGGAUCCAGCGCAGGCAAUGCAAUAUCUCACCUAUGCCGCUUCAAACGCCGCCUCCAUCGAAGAAGCCGCUCUGCGCGCCGGCUCCGCAAAAGGAGGCGCCGCAAAGGGCGAGCUAGUCCUCGCGAUUUUCGAGCUCGCGAAUUCCUUCAGGCAAGGUUGGGGGGUCAAGAAGGACCCCGUGGCUGCUAAGCAAUAUUACGAAACCGCCGCGAAUCUAGGGGACACAGACGCGAUGAAUGAGGUUGGGUGGUGCUAUCUUGAGGGGUUCGGGUGUAAGAAAGAUAAGAUGGAGUCAGCAAAGUACUACCGUCUCGCCGAGAAAGGCGGGAAUAAACUCAUUGGGAAUGGAUGGAUCUGGAAACCCAAAUACGACCCCCCCACCACCAGCACGUCCUAACGCGCGCUUACCGUUCUCCAUCCCGCCUCCCUACCCUCCCUCCUCUGUAUGGACCGCUACCACGAACGGGAUGUUAUAUCGAUGCGGGGUCUAGACGUGUGCGUGGGCGUGUAUGGGUUGGUUCAUGCAUUCCUACCUGCCCGCAUACAGCCUACAUACCGCCGUACCCUACGCCUACUUUCUCAUAAUUGACGGUUGGUUGGCUCCGCGACGUCGUGGUUACAGGUCGCACGCGGGGUAGGGGUCGUGACGGCCUACGUUGGGUACCGACAUGCACGCAGGCCAGCCUGAGCCGGGCUACUGGGUUAGGCUGGCAGGCUGGGCUGGACUUUCUGUCGCUCUCUCGCUGGAUAUGUGCCGUUUUGGAAACAUAGGAUAGGUUGGAUUGGGAUAACGCAGUGCAAUGAAUCGCACAUUACAUAGUAUAGGACAGGAUAGGUCGGAUAGGCUGGAUAAGUCGGAUAGGAUAGGAUACAAUAGAUAGACAAACCUCGCACGCACGCAAGGCAGUGUAAUAUUUCCUCACGGGACUCGGAUGUUCGGUUUUUUGUCUAUUGUGAGUGAGGGUG